AUGGAAAUGUCUGCUGUUGAUGGUGUUUGGCAAAGUGAUGAAUUAAUAUCUCAAGAUAUAAAACAAUCAUUAAUUUCAUGUGUAAAUAUUUUGGAGAAUGUACCAGAAAGUGAACAAGAUUGGCAUCCAGGAACAAAUAAACAAAUAUUAGAUUUAGUUCAUCCAUCUUUAUUUUGUUUUGUUCAUCAAAUGACAAGAGUUAUCAAUGAAAAAAAUCAUCUUAUCAAUAUCGAUGAUGCUCUCGAACAUAUUGGUCGUGGAGAAACAAUUGAUAUCAAUGUAAAUGCUUUAUCAUCAAAUUCAAAUAAUAAACGAAAAAAAUUAUCCGAAGAUUAUACUCGAUCGAAUACAAAUCAAUGGAUUCCAACUGAAUUCAAUGUUUCAAAAGAUGGUCAAGUUAAAAUCGAAUCAUAUAUCAAUAAUUUACAUCCAAUUCAACAUAAACAAUUAUAUCAACUCAUUGAAAAUAUUUGUCAAUGUUUUAUACCUUUAUUUAAUAAAGUUUUAACUGAUUUAAAUUAUAAUCAAAAUAAACCAAAUCGAAUUAUUGUUAAUCCUUACCGUUGGUAUGUCGAUAAAUCCUCAUCUGAUGAUAAUGAUGAUAAUGAUGAUGAUGAUCAUCAUCAUCUUCGAACAAUUAUACAACCUGAUGUUGGAGAAUUUCAGAUGCCACCAUCAACAAGUUCAAAUAUUGAUUUACGUGGGAGAAAAUUACAAAUUAUUGUUAAAUUAGCAAAUAUAGUAUUAACACCAUCAAAUCCAAAAUAUCCUGGUGGUGUUUGGCAUGUUGAAGGAAUGGAUAAUGAACAUAUUGUUGCUACAGGUAUCUUUUAUUAUUUUAAUUCGAAUAUAACACAAUCAAAUUUACAAUUUCGAACUGUUAUAAGUGAACCAGAUUAUGAACAAGAUGAUCGUUACGGUGUUAAUAGUGUUUAUGGUUUACAAGAUACACAUCCUUUAAAUCAACAAUUAGGUGAAAUAGUUACUCAAGAAAAUCGUUGUAUCGUUUUUCCAAAUAUUUAUCAACAUCGUGUUGCACCUUUUCAAUUGAAAGAUCCAACUCAAUCAGGUCAAAGAAAAAUCUUAGUCUUUUUCUUAGUUGAUCCAACGAUUCGAAUUUUAUCAACUGCUCAUAUUCCACCACAACAAUCUCAUUGGUAUAUUGAUCUUAUACGUUCUAUUCCUUUAUUUAAUCGAUUACCAUUAUUAGUCGUUAAUAAAAUUAUGAAUUAUGUUGAUUUUCCUAUGACGAUAAAUCAAGCAAAACAAUAUCGUGACAAAUUAAUGAAUGAAAGAAAAUAUUUUAUUUCACAAAAUAAUCAUUUACUCUUCGAAAGACCUUUUUCAUUAUGUGAACAUUGA